CAGCUCGCGGUUUUUGCGGUGAGGAGCGAGAGUGUUGCUUUCUGGUGUUGUCACUGUUGUCUUAUCAGAAUCAGAAGGCGUGUUGUGUUUGGAUCAAAAAUUUAUUUUACCCGGAAAACAUUGCAGUCGUCGUUUUCCUCCUCGAUCCUUCUCACAAGAAGUACCAGGACGAAAAUAUUAAUAUUUUCCAGCAAGACUGCGCGGCCCUCGAGAGAGUCGGCCGCCUUGAUGGCUCGAUAGCCGAAUUUUGAGCCGCGGUUUUGCCGAACACGUCCGUGCCGAUGGCAGAUCGCAACGUCAAAUUGAUUGGCAAACUCAUGCGAAAGCCUGGCAAUUCCGAGUGCAACGAGUGCGGCAACAAAAAUCCGGAAUGGGCGUCGUACAACAUUGGCGUUUUUCUGUGCACAAGAUGCGCAGGCAUCCACCGCGGUCUCGGCGCACACAUUUCCAAAGUGAAGCACCUGAAGCUGGACAGGUGGGAGGACAGCCAGGUGGAGCACAUGAAGGAGGUCGGCAACGUGGCCGCCAAGCUCAAGUACGAGGAGCGCGUGCCGCCCUGCUACCGACGGCCCACAGAAUCCGAUCCACAAGUGCUGUUGGAGCAGUGGAUCAGGGCCAAGUAUGAGCGGCAGGAGUUCAGCCACCCUGAGAACCAGGUGUACACCUCUGGCUACAUGCAGGGCUUCCUGAUGAAGAGGGGAAAGGACGAGAGCAAGUACCACCCCCGCCGCUUCAUUCUGCAGGAGAAGGACGGCACACUCAGAUAUUUUGUUAAGGAGAAAAAGGAACCAAAGGCAAUACUUAAUGUGAUUGAUCUCAACGUGGCGUUUGCGCCACCAAAACUGGACUGCCCCAACUCGUUGCAGUUCAGCUUCAUCAAGGACGGGGUCACCAGACACAUUUACGUCUCCCACAACGACCCCGAGGAGAUAGUCAAGUGGUACACGGCCAUCAGAUGCGUCAAACUGCACAGGCUGCAAGUCGCCUACCCUUCCGCUUCGGAAUCGGAGCUGGUGAAUUGUUUGAGCCGGGACUUCAUUCGAGAAGGGUGGCUCUCGAAAACGGGUCCGCGACCUACGGAUAGCUACAAAAAGAGGUGGUUCACCCUGGACGACAGGAAACUGAUGUACCACGAUGACCCAAUGGACGCACAUCCGAAAGGAGAAAUCUUUGUGGGCUGUUCUAGUGACGGCUACGCCAUCAGGGUGGGGGUGCCACCUGGCGCGAAGGAGCUCGAGUUUUGCUUCACACUGCAAACACCUGGCCGCUCAUACCUUUUAUCCGCAACUACCGACGAGGAAAGAGACAAGUGGAUGACGGCCAUCGAGAAAGUAAUAGAGAAGAGUCUGACACCCCAGGACAAUUUAGUUGCGUCGAGAAUCGUUUCAAAGAAGAAGGGCUCGAGCGGACUAUUUUGACAGAAGUAAUAUAUAGAGAAGCCAUAAAACUGAGCUUACUAACUUUUUAGUAAGACCCAACCAUAAAGCAACAUGUGAUGCAAUCAAACUAUUCAACUGUUGUUCUUUUUAUUGAAAUCUUGACCGAUUAAAUAAUUUUUAGUACAUAGCAUGAAUUAAUUAACGAUUUCUGUUCCAAUUAUUCAAGAACAAAAAUUCGCUACAUAUUUAUCA